UGUGUGCGGCGGCCGGCGGGAGUUGAGGAGUGGAGCGCAGUCGGUUUUUCGCAGUCAAAGCAAAGCGAGUGCAGCGGCAGCACCACCACCACGCGCGCACCACACCGUGAUAUAUACACAAAUCAACAUUUGCAUAUUAUACGACAAACCGCAGUGGGAUGCGCCGGCCCUGUUAGGACAAAAAACCGACCCCGCCGCCGAGUUCCGGGCGCAAUUUCAAGCGUGACCCCGCACACUCCGAAAUGCAGCGAAAUGCAGUUUGAUAGUAGGUCAGCAUGUGACGUCACUGCCGAGUGAGGGAGAAAAAUGGCGGAAUGCUCUUACUCUAGCUGCAUCCAAGAAAAACGUGCGAUCAAGAGAGAACUGCAGAAAUGGACCAAGGACCUCGUCUACCUAGUGGGACUGGAACGCGUCGCUGAAGAGUUGAUGGGACGACGAAAAUGGCGACAGUACCAAGCCCACAUUCUGGGAGCGUCAGCGAUCAGCAAACACGAGACGCAGACUGCCUGGGAGAAGCGUUCCAAGGAGGAGAUCGUCAAGGAGGAGGAGGUGGAGGCGGCAGCGGAGGCGGCAGUGGAGGCAGCAGCCCCCGAAGCGGCGCAGGAUCCCCCGAAGGACUGGCAGCCCGAAGACAGGUGCUACUUCUGUGACGGCGCGGUUCAUACGGAACCUUGCAGAAGUCCGCAGCCCUCCGAGAGCAGCCAGAGUUCGAUGGACUCUUCGCCUCAGCCGGCUUCUGUGGACCUGAACGCGGCCAUCGGAGCGCACCCUGGAAACCAGGCCUUCUCCCCCGAGUCCCUGAACAGAAUGGCCUCGACCCUGGCGGCCAUGGCCAGCAUGGCCGGCAACCCGGCCGCCGUCGUGGCCGCUGCGGCCGCCGCGGGAGGCGCCGCCCCCGGGCUCAACCCUUUGUUUGCAGCCCCUGGAUUUUUCCCCUGGUACCUGAGCCAGGCACUUGCCAAGCAACAGCAACAUCAGCAGCAACAACAACAGCAACAACAGUUAUCCCCCGCUGCCACCCCUACAAAUAUGAGCUCAGGUGGCGAGCAGCCCCUGGACCUGAGCGCCAAACCUUCGAGCAAAGCAGGCCCAUCCGACGGCCGCCUCGACUCGCCCACGCUCCUCAAAAGGUCCGGCAUAGACGUCAAUUCCAGCAUCAUCCGGGCGAAACCGCGACUCAGCAGCACCGUGGCCGGAAGACGCACCUACACCGAGGAGGAGCUGCAGGCCGCCCUCAGGGACAUCCAGAGCGGCAAACUGGGCACCCGGCGCGCUGCGGUCAUUUACGGCAUUCCACGAUCAACCCUCAGAAACAAGGUGUACAAAUUAGAGCGCGAGAGAGAACGCGAUCACUUGUUGCUGCAGUCAACGCCUCCCCCGCCGGCUCCGGCGCCGCCUGGCGCCGAUGACAACUCGGGCGACGAGGACGGAAGCAAGACCCUGAGCAUGGAGGAGCUGGUGCGAUUUUCAGGGCUUGAUUCGUUGCCGGCCACCGACUCGCUGCGUCAGUUGCUGCAAAGCAGCGCCCGCGACGGCGCCGCAAGCAAACCACCGGCGGCGCCUGCGUCGUUUCCGGAGCCACCGGCGGCCCUGGCGCCGUACCUGUCGCAGCUGCUCGGCGCCGCGUCCGCCGAACAGCAAAGUGGCCUCGUCGAGCUGAUGAAGCGGAUCGGUGGCGGCGGCGCCGCCAGCGAGAACAACAACAACGCCAGCGGCAGCGGCGCUGACGCCACCAGCGAAGACGAGGGCGCGCCGAGCAGCGUUCUGCGCAUUCCGUCCUUCAAACCGAACGGCAACGAGGCGCCCGAGCAGCGUGGCAGCGGCUCAAAUUCGCCCUCGCUAGGCGUCAGCCUCAGAGACGUCAUCACCAAGAGCAUCACCCAAAAGUUCCAGUCAACGCCAUCAAUUUCCGUGGUGGACCCGGCCACCCUGAUGGCGAACCCGAUGAAGCGAAUGUCCGAGUCGGGCGGCGACCGCUUCCUGCCGCACCACCAGAAGCCGCACCACUCGCAACACCAGCAACACCACCACCACCAGCAGCAGUCGCAGGACAGCAAGAACAACAAGGGCGGCAAGGGGACGCGGCCGAAGCGCGGCAAGUACCGCAACUACGACCGCGACAGUCUGAUCGAGGCCGUCCGGGCCGUCCAGCGGGGCGAGAUGAGCGUCCAUCGGGCCGGCUCCUACUACGGGGUGCCCCAUUCAACCCUCGAGUACAAAGUCAAGGAGCGCCACCUGAUGCGGCCGCGCAAGAGAGACCUCAACAAGGCGGCCGCCGCCUCCACGGGGGGCCUCGUCGACGACAAGCCCAAAAUCGGGCCCCCGCGGGGGCCCAUGCCCAAACCACCCCCGGGGGCCCCCGGGUCCCCCUUCCCCAACCUGGCCGCCAUGGCCGGUUUGGCCAACGGCCUCGGCGGAAAGGGCCUGUUCGGGCCCGGACCGCCCCCGCUCGCCGCCUCCGCCGGCCCCUACCACCAGUUCUGGCCGGGGGCGGCCAACCCCUUCAUGAUCAACCCCGAGCUGUACCAGGAGCAGCUGUUGGCCUCGCACAUGAUGCAGCAGCGAAAGGCCGACCCGGUGGCCGACCGCUUCUUCGACGGCCUCAUCCGCAACUCCCUGGAGCGGCCGUCGGCCUCUGGCGAGGCCGCCGGCCUCGCCAACCGCGCCCUGCUGGAGCAGUUGUGUCGAGGGCGGCCGGCGGCCAGUGCGGCGGCCGGAGAGCAGACCGUCGUGGACCUCUCGCAAGAGGACGAGCGGCCGACGGUCGACUCGGAAGACGAGGCGGCCAUGGAGGCCGAGGAAUGUGAUAAGCCGGCGGCCGACGAGGCCGAGGACGAGCAGGGGACCAGCAGCAGCGCGAGGAGGAAUUCUACCGACUGACCGACUGACUACGAUAAUUAGUUAAAUUGCAGAAAAACAAACAAAAAUGCGAAAACGUUGAAUCAAGUUUGAUAGCAAAUUAAAUUAAUAUCUCUCUCAGAUGGACUGUAGUAGCUCGCAGAUCAAUCAAUUUAUCAUGUAAUUAUUUUGUGGUGGUAUUUUUACAAAUUAUUUUCUAUCUUGACAAUCUACAUUAUUGCCAAAGUCUAUUUGAAACUGAUUUACAUACUACAUCUCCGACACUCACACGCGUAUGUAAGUUCUUGUGUGUUCACGCAGCAGAGUUCAAAACCAGAAAACAUCACAAAACGAGGACUCAAAUUUGAUUGAAAUUCAAAUCUAUAUCAAAAUGUAACCAUAUUAAAGUAUGAAAAUGAAAAUUUUGUCAAUAAUGUAUCAUAUUAGUGGAAAUUUUAUUGUUUUCAAAAUUUAUUUAUUUAUUUCCAUUUAAUUUUAUGUCUCUGGAUUCAAAUAUGAAGUCUUCUGAUUCAUUGAAGUUUUCUGGAUAAACUCUUGGUGAAAACAAACACACACUCGUUUUACCAGCAGUAGGAGGCGGGGGCGGGCCAGUGCCGCCCCCGGGCGCAUCAAUGUCCAAAUGCACAUUUAAUUAAACUCUAUAAUAUACGAUGUCUGUGAUUUUCUGAAUAAUCUCUCGCGGUUUAGACAAAUUGAGCAGUGGAUUCCGUUUUUCAUUGAAGUGCAAUUAUUGCCAGUGCCGGACUGCGACGAAGAAGUGCGGCCGCCGGAAUCAUCUCCUUUCGAUGCGUCAGUGCGAUGGACACUUUUUUUGCCCGCACGGAGAUUUUUCACGCGUGUCUAUAUCGAUGUUGAGAGGAAAAACACACAUUCAUACAAACACACACACAUGUACACACUCAUUUUAUUUUGUAUCAACGCGCGCCAAAAGAAAGAACUUUUCUAGUGUUGAUGUUUUUUGCCUUUUCCUCCCGUUUUGGUUUUUUAGAAAAUAAUAUUUAUUGAUAUUGACAAACAAAAUAUUACAUCGUUCGGAAGAAAACAAGCGCACUCUUUUCAACCGAUUUGUAUUUAUAAUCAUAUUAACUGUAACACUGUGUGAUAUUUUGGUGAGGAGGAGGAGGAGGAGAAAGAUUCCAAAUUUAAAUGAAUUGAGAAGACUGUUGCAACGGAAUUGAGAAAAUUUGUGAUUGGAUACGAUGCACUCGGAAAUUCUAGAUUGGGUUCUGCUUCACGGAAAUGCCUUUUUGAUAAUCUUCAGCUUUGUGAGCUGGCCUUCGAAGCGCGUGUGCCCUUUUUGGGGCAGCAGAAUUUGUGUCACAAUCGGUCGAGAGAAGGCGAAAUUCAAAUUGGAUGGCUAAAAUUGAUUUACUUUCUGUGAAAAGUCUUUUUAAAAUCGCUCUGUUCGAAUUUAUUGUUUGUGUGGAAAAUUUUGUGAUCUUAAGGCUGCAUUUCGGUAAUUUAGAAAUUUAAGUGAAUCCAAAACGAUUUAUGUUGGGAAAAAAUGGAGCGAUUCUUGAUUUGUAGUGCCUUUACGAAGCUCGGUUGUCAAUUUUGACUGAUAUCAAAGCUAGCUAAUCAAAAUUUUUUCGAGUGUGAUUUAUUUUGGCUUCUUAAUGAUCUUUUUCGAGUGGGACUUAGUAAGGGCUGUGAUACAGAUGGGGAUGAGUUGCAGGCGUUGCGAAAGGUUUUAGUGAGGUAUAGUGAAAGUAAAAAAAAAAGAUUUGUUACACAUAAACACACACACAUACAGUCAUAAUCACGGAAAAUUUAAUUAGCUUGACGUUUUUGAAUAAAAUAUAGAAAUUGUAAAAUCAUCUCUCUUCUCUGUACAAAAAAGAACCGAUUCAAAUUUACGAUACAAAAGUCACAAAUUAUAAAUAUGGUGUUUUUCUGCGCAAUCAAAUAAUAUUUGGAGGAUUGAAAAGAGAAAUUAAAGAUUAUUAUUAUUAUAAAUGUAUAUCAAAAAACAACACAUACACACGCAGAUUAGUUAGGACACGAGAUGCAUUAAAUACGUUUUUCACUCUCCGAACAAAAAUGGAAAUAUAUUUACUGAUGGAUAUGACUUUUUAAAAAUGCUCUGAAACUCUAAAAAAGGCGAAAAAUACAUAUUUUACACACUGAAUAAUGAAUGUGCAUUCUUACGAUUAGUUGGAUCAGCAGUACGUUGUAAUAGGUAAAAUCACACAGACUCAUAAACACAAAUGCAAUUAAUUAAUUAGUUAAUUGCUACGAUAUACAUACAUAAUAUAUUGCCAGUGUAUUUUUGUUUAAUUUUCCCUGUACAUACCGUCGCAUUUUGUACUUCUAUUAUUUGUUUCUCGUGAAACUUUGUGUUUGCCGCCGGUUAGCUUUCGUUUAGCGGGAAAAUAACGCGGCAAGCUCCACUAAUUUCGACUUUCGCUGUAUAAUUUUUAAUUUUAACGACACCAAAAGGGACCGCGGCGUUCCGACUUUCCCGAAAUGAGAUAAUUUUUUUCCAAAUUUUUGGCACUCCGCGGUACCCCUGGAAAUUUACACAUUCCUCGCUGAAUCCGCGCCAAGAGAGCCUUUCUUUCUACAUUUGCACGCGGACUUGGUUACUUUUGUAAUUAUUCACUUACAUAAUAUGCAUUAAAUUUGAUCGGAAAUUAAUUAUAUACAAUAAAAAUUGAACGGUGCACAUAGUCAGUCAUCGAAUUAUCUUAAUCAUUCUUUUAUAGAGCUAAAUAUAAAAUCCCUAUGGAACCUUUUUUCUUUAAUUUUCCAUUCUGAAGCAAAAUUUAAUAACAGAAAUAUUGGCAUUUUGAACAUCAAAAAUCAACUCCAAUCUUGAAAAUUUUUAAUUUUUUCAGGAACUAUUUUAGCCAGUUGGCCUGACAAAUUAAAAUAGUAUUUUUAGCAAUUACAAAAUUUUUAAUUCUUAAAUAAAACUUAUAGCCAAAGUUAGCACGGUAAAAACUAUAACUUUUGAUUUAUAAAUAUUUUUUUUAAUUCAGAAUUUGCUUUUGUUUUUCCGUCGGAGUAAAUUAAUAAUUUUCAAUUUGUUUAUUUCGGUGACUGACUAUUUCUUCCGUUCAAAUUCCAGAAACAGGCGAGACAAUCUGCGUUCAUUAAUCGCAGAUCCACUUGUUCAAAUUCCGAUUACACGCGCGCGCUGAUGUCUGUAACAAAAAUACUACUAUUAUACUGAAGAAUGGAAAUGUAUGAAAAUAACAAUCAAAUUAACAUUCACUGCCGUUUAUCUCCUAAGUAUAUAUAAUUUUUAAUUGUGAAUAUAUUACGACGCAACGUGACAAAUUAUACUCGAGAGGUCCUUUUUGUAAGAGUUCACUCGCACACCCUCAUCACACACACACACACGUGGAUCGCGCAUUAAUUGUAUAAUCAAUCACCCUCGGAGCUAAACUGCAACUGAGAUGGACACUGAUUUAUAUAUAAUAUACACCCACACGAACAACAACAAUCUUUUUCCCUAAAAAAGCGAGAGUAGAAUAUUAUCGAGAGAAAUCGAAACAAUAAAACAUAAAACUGCUGACGAUGAGAAAAAUAAUUAAUUUAAAUUACAUAAAACGAGACAUUUGCGAAAUAAUUAAUAAUUAUUAAACAUAAUAGGUGCUGUGAGAAGUGAAGACGAGAGAAACAACAAUGUAGUGAUUUAUGAUUUUUACUUCCGCUUUUGCUUUGCACCCGCAAUUGGAUAAUCACGAAACAAAAAUUAAACAAAAAAGCGCCGCGUCCGGGAUGGGAAAUUCAAUUAAGAAAUUCAUUAAUUAUUUGUAUAAAAAGCGAACACUCCCUGCAUGCACUAUACUCUCAUCACAAUAUUAUGUAAAAAAAAAAAAUACAACAUUCAUCUUGAGAUUGGCAAUUUCAUUUUUUCAGCUAAAGAAAGUUACAAAUCUAACAAGACUGUAUUUUAAAAUUUUUAAAUCUAUAUAUGAAUUAGAGAUCGAUCGAUAUUGUAGUUCAAUUGAAGCAGCAAGUGUAUUUUUGAUAAAUUUUUCCAUUCGCUGAAAUUGGUACAGGAAAUAUAGCGAAAAAUUAGAAAGAAAGAAAUCCCGCCACGGACGCGGCGCCCAAAUCGACAAAUUAUAACGCGGCGCUGUGCCUUGAGAAAAUUAUUCGUUUUAGUGCCAACGGGAACAAGAUAUUGAAAUUUUUUACGCAAAUGAAAAUUGAAAAAUCAUUCAUUCCAUGCUUUGCAUUUAAUUUUUUUCGGAGAGAGAGAAAGAAAGAGAGAAACAAUAAUCAUUCUUUAAGCGGUUAUUUAUAUUAAAAGAUUUUGGACGAAAGCACACAUUUUCAGUCGAAGUUGCGUAGAAUCUUUUUCGAGCAGACGAGAACAUAUCAAAAAAGGAGAAUUGUUAUGAUUUGCACGCGGGAAGAAACAAAAAGCAAAUAUAUAGAUAUAUUUAUUCGAUCUUGAACUAUUUUUUUGUUUUGUAACUCUCUAGUCUAAACAAACACUUUCGCGCUCACACUCGGAUUCGAUCUUUUCACUUAAUAUCGGUAAUCCGAGCAAGUCUAAAAAAAUCGAGUCUGAGCUGUUUUUGCGCCGACUUUUUGUUAGCUUUUGACUUUUCCCGAUGAUCUUCUUGAUUUGCCAAAUUUUUUUGCGACUGAUGCUAAUAUAAGAUCGUGAAUGGCUGGCUUGGGCGGGGCUCUGCAAAUUUAAAACUGAAAUCGAGCAAGACUGACUGAAAAAAAACAUGCAUACAAACAUUAACUGUAUAGAAUUUUGCACGGCCAGCUGGCGAACUUUUGUUCUGUUUUGUGUGAAAAGAAGAAUAAAAAAUCGAGCGAAGAUCAUUCCUUGCUUUUUCGGGAAUCGGUGUAUUUAGAAAUUACAAUUGUCAACACUUACGUUGUGUACACUGAAAGAGAGAGAGAAAGAGAGAAGUUGGGACACGUUUUAUGAGAGUAACAAUCUCGUUCACACUCGAUGUGGCCGAAGGAGAGAAUGAGAGUAUAAAAUAACGUGAAAAUUCAAUGUGUUUUUCCAUCAAAGGUGAUUUUGGUGUUUUUCGGAGAUAAAAUAAAAUAAAUGAUGAAAGUGUCUUUGUUUAGGGAAAUUACAGUUUAUUCAAUAUAAUCAAUGUUCAUGUGAAUUAUAUACAUUAUUAUUACUGUGA